CUGCUCUGUCAAGUGCCACUUAAUCCUUGUUUAACCUCAACACUAACAAAUAUAUCGGGAGGUUGUUGUAAAACAAGUGGAAGUGGAUCUAAUACAUUUUAGUUCUACUCCUGUGUCAAAAUGGAAAACUACUCCCUUGAUGGCCUCGAAGGACCACGACAUGAACAUGUCAGCGCCUCACACGAAGCUGUGGCCUUCAUGGACAACAUUGAUCCCAAAGAGCUGCAGAGGUGUGUCUUCACUGAUAACCUAGUCAGCCUGUCGGAAAGUGGUCGAGACCUGGGGAAGUUCAGUGUGAGUGUGGAAUUUGCCUGCAGAGCCCAGCAGCCCUGCAUGUUAGUGCAUGCACAAAGCCAAGGGGCCAUUGAAGACUCCCUUUGUGGCACCACAGUGACAGCUUAUGUUACAUGUGACCUGGAGGUGCUGGAGGAAGACUACUAUGAGUACAUGAAGCUUGAGGACCGCAGCUUGGAAAAAAGGUGUCACGUAGCUCAGUGUGAUGGGAACAUUUUAAUCACUAAAGUUACAACAGAAGGACAGGAGGUCACAGAGCAAAAUGCUGCUUUUCCCUUGUCUGUGGCCAGGGGUCUCAUAACCGAAGGAUCCCACUUACUACUGAUGCGUCUAUUUGCUCUAAAGGGAAAAGUGCCAGAAAACAUGACCUUCAUCUCCAUUGACCAAAAUUUACACAUUAUCAGUGCCACAUUUGAACAGUUGGGUGUGGAGAAGGAGGAGUUUGAUGGAGAGUGUAUGGAGGUAUUUGGUAUAAAGAGAACACUCCUGUUUUCAGAGGACGAUCCCCAAACAUGGCACUGCUACUUCCUGCCUGAUGGACACAUGGUCAGCAGAGUGCAGUUGGGGUCUCCAGUGGCUGUGAAAAUUCUGCAGCUUCCAUCAUAUCAGGAGAAAGUGGUAGAGAUUCCAAAGAUGUCCCUCUCCUGGGAGGAAGACAUGCAGAUGCGAUCCAAGUUUUUGGAUCGAAAGGAGGAGCAAAAGGCGGACCAUGCUUCCUAUCUGAGACGUCAUCCAGAAAUCCGAGCUCUAAUAUCUGACUUUCUUCAGUUUCUGCUUCUGAGAAAACCAGAUGAUGUGUUUCAGUUUGCCAGAGAGUACUUCCUCCCAUUCACCUGCCAUCACCCUCAGAGUGAAAGCACUCAAGCUGUGGAUCCUUCGAUAUAAAAACAAAUCAUUAACUUAAAAUUAUUCAUGACACCUUCAUGGCAAUAGACUACAUUAUUAUUACCUGAUGCCCUAAAUGAAUAGAAAAAGCUGUGUACAAAGGAUUUGGUUAAAUAGUAUUAUUAAACAAUCAUAUUGUUAGUUUUUUGUUUGUUUGCUUGUUUGUUUGUUUGCUUUUUUUACUAUGGAUUGUGAUUAAAAUUUGAAAAUGAAAACAGAAAGCUGGAAGAACAAAACCUUUGACGCUGCUCAGACACUUGAUGGCGCCAAAUCUCUUUCCAUGAACUAAUUAAACUUGUACUUUGUAAGGAAAGUGAAAUAACAAUAUUAUUUAGGGGAAAAAAUAUAUUUUUGCUACAUAUAAAAUAAAUGACCGUUGAAUGUAUGGUUCAAUGAAAAUUCUCGGGACUGUUAAUUUAAUCAUGAUUGUUGUUGUUUUCGCGGAAGUGAGUGUUCUGUAUUUCCUGUGUGAAAUGAAAC